AUGACGGACGAAGACGAUGUUUCGGACGCCAGUCCACAGCCGCUGACAUUUCCAUUGCCAGACGUUCCCGCUAGCCAGGGUCCGCCGUCCAUUCCGUUUCCGAUGCUGCUGGAUUUUUCCAUUCAGAAGACGUAUCAGGAUUUGACGGUUUUAGUAGAACUGUCCCCGAAGAAGUCGGACAUAGAACGCAAGGUCAGUAUCGUGCAGUUCGCCUUCUCUGCUCGGCAGCUGUUCAUAAGACUUUUGGCCGUUGUGAAGUGGGCUCGCAGCGGAACGAAGUUCGACGUUUGCACGGCAAUAACUUGCUACCUCGACCAGCAAGCGUCAACGUUCGUCGAUACAGCCGACCGUCUGUUCGCAAUGUCGAGAGAUGUACUCUCUCAAGCUCUUCUUCCAUCAUUCCAGAUUCCUGCAGCAGUCGAUGUGCUGAGUUUGGGGAAGUAUCUGCGGCUUCCGCUGCACAUAAAGAACCGUUUCAUAACUGAGGAGACCGUGUCACCAAAGGAGCAACGUUCCGUGCUUAAUAGAAUGAACCAAGUGAUCGAGAACCGUUUGUUUUCGAUCAUUAAGCUAAUCCCAAGGCCUAUGCGAAAUUUCUCAGUCAGAAAUGGCACGGUAAAGUUUUGCGUGCUGGGUGAAUUCGAGGUAUCCGCGACUUUGUUGGGCCAGCGACCGUCGACUCCUUGGACUCUGCUGAAUCUGAAGAUUCUAGUCGAAGACACUCGCCUCAGUGACGGAGCUGAUCUGCUGCACCCGACUCAGACUACCCUUCUUCAUCAGCUGUUACAAACUCGGUAA